AUGGAGUCCAUCGCCAAAGAAUGGAACGUUCUCCUGGAUGCAUGCAUUGCACACCGGAUCCAGGCUGAUCUGUUCGCCGACCUAGUUGCUGAAUUAUACGCACAGUACCCAAUACCAGGCGACAAGCUUGCAUCUCUGCUACUCCGGCCGCGCUAUGCAAGGCCCAUCAGUAUCGAUCCGCGUGUAGUCGUCUAUCUUGAGAAAAUGCUGGCCUGCAAAAAAAUCGAUGCCGCGGACGUUCUAACCGCCGCAUUCCAGUCCUCAAAGGAUCGUCUCCCCAAGACAGGCGCUGACAAUGCCGCGAAGCAUGUCCCGCUAACCAAUCCGCCAAAUCUGGAUGAGAUCGUCUUUCUUCGCCUUCAGCAUGCUUUCGUCACAGACGCCCGCCCGCUCACCAAUUACGAGGGGAUACGAACGCUCAUGGUGGUCACAAGAUGGAUGCAGGCAAUGGUCACGUCACAUACGAGCGACACCAUGAUUCAAGCCAUGACUGGAAUCCAGCAACCCCAGCAACAGUCAAUCAACGUCCGGGAGGCCCUCGGUAUGCUUCUGGUGGGCAUAGUCGAGAAUCAGAAGAUGCUCCAAAUCUUGGACCACCCCAAGGGCAAAGAUAUCAGGAAGAAGUUUACCCAGUCGUUCUCUUCGUUCAUCCCUUUUCUAUCCCACAACUCGGUUGGAUCUCAAACGUCGUUGCAGCUCGCCAAUCGGCUAGAAUUAUCGCAGAAACAACACGACUUUUACGAAAAGAUUUCUACUGUCCAUGGCGAAUCGAGUGAGAAUACCGGCCUCGAGGUUGCCGCUCUUCAACUUGAUGCAGUCAUGGACCUCCCGCAUCUGAACACUAGAGCUGGACUCUAUGUAUUCGUAAACUCCUUGCUCGUUGCACGACCCCUUACGGAUGAUUUUACAAUUAUAAACUACUUACAUUCAAGAUACAAGCUUGAGCCCCAAAACAUGGCCACAGACCUGAUUACCGCUGCUUUCGAUAUCCUCGCUAAUGCCAUGUACCGGAGUGAACCUACUCAAAAGAUGUUUUGCUUCAAGUCAUUCCUCAUCAACAAAGUACCCAUUCUUCUGACGCAGAUUGCUGCAUCCAUAUUUCCGAUGACACCAGAGAUCUGCAUCACGCAAGCGCUUGGCCAUGUGGACCCAAAUGCCUUUCCGGCUUUUUCUCAAGGCUUCGAUGACAUGAUGGGUAACAACAACUCGCUGUCUGAUGUGAGACAAGAUUUCCUCAACGCCUGUGCUCUGCACGGGCUUAUGCAGGCUGGUACAGUCGAAAGACUGCUCGGAGAGACGCCGAUGCAAGGUCCACCUGAAACGAAGUACGAGAGGAAACAGCUGCUGGACCAAUGUAAAAGUAACUUCGACAAAGUGAGCCUGUACAUCGAUGAGCUGGAAAACCUGGACGGGAACGCUGGUGCCAUCGUUGGUGCUGUGGCAGAGUUCAUCUCACAUCUCUGCGAGACUCAGAUGACCAUGUAUUUGAAGCAGAUAUCUUGCCUCGUGUUCAAGAAGCCACAAUCGAUGGACGUUAUGCUUCAGUUCACAUCACCAGCCAGCAUUCUUGAACCACUGUGCCGAUUUCUGGAUGGCUGGCACUAUGACAGCGAUCAGGGCGAGUAUCAGCCCGUGUAUGAUGAGUUUGCAGCGGUCCUCGUCCUCGUCAUGGCCUUUGUAUAUCGUUACGAUCUCACAUACCACGACAUCGGCAUUCCCUAUGAUUCAUUUGUGGCCCAGCUCAUUGCGAAGGGUCAUCGCAGCAUGCUACCGAGUGAAUUCACGGCAGAGCAGGAUAAGCACAUGGGCAAUUGGCUCAAGGGCCUGUUCGAUGCCGAUAAGGAAGGCCUCAGCAACGAAGUGUUUGCCUCAUGUCGCCCGCAGGAUUUCUAUCUCAUAGUCCCGACGCUCUUCCGACAGAUUGUGUUGGCCUGUUCCACCGGAAUCUUGUCAUACGAAACGGUCAAAAGCGGCCUGGAAUAUCUUGGAGAGACAUUCCUUUUGCCGUCUUUGAUCGGCGGCUUGAACUGGAUGGCAUCUUACGCAGUCGAGCAAACGCACAUCGACCUUGACGCGGUUAUGAAGAUAUUCAAUGUGGUGGUAUCACCCCCCUCAUCCGGAGACGCGCAUGCUAUGCACUCGGCUAUCCUGACCAUGGUAUCCAGCCGUCUAGAAGACUGCUUUCGCACGCUGCAACGGCGUGACCCGAGUCGUACCAGCGUUGUGCCUCUUUUGCAAGUGAUCAAGAGAUACCCGCACUAUGAACGUUCUGUAUACUCAACACUAAAAGAGGUUGAACAAUGGACGAACGCGCCAAACAGCACGUUGAGUACAUCGUUGCGAAACACGGUGCAGCAGUUGGCACAGUGGGCUUCUACCUCAGCAAUACAGCCCAACCCGCCUAGCUAUACGCAUCGACAAAUCUAUGCUUCGUUGAACAUGCUCGGCACGUACAAAACUCUACGCGCUGUCGUCGACGAGGUCAAAGCCCAAACUGACGCCGGCAAUGGUGCCGCCGCCCUCGACAUUGGCGUAUCAAUUAUCUGCGCUCCCACCAUCAGAGACAGCCCCAUAUCCGUAGACUGGGUUGGAAGCCCCAUACCCGCACCACCAACACCACGUACACGAGCCAACCUGCGCGAGAUGCUAAAGCACGAGUUCGACGGUGCGGCGAGCCUCGUCGCGACCGACCCCUCGACUGCAGAGACAAUCGUCCGUCUACACCGGCGCGUGGAAGCGCAACUCGCGUCGAUUGGGGAAGUCGGCCUCCAAGCCCCCGCCAUAAACCUCCCCAGCGUCCAUAUUGCCGACAUGCAAUCGCAGACCAUAUCCGACGACAUCAACAAGGCCAUCGACGAUGCCGCCGCCGCCAGCAGCGUAGACGACAUCUCCAACAUGGACAACAAGGCGCUGCAGCGCAGUAUGGAUGAGCUUGCAGGCGCCGACGGCUUGGACCUGUCCAGCAUGGGCAUCGGCCCUGAUACCGGUGCCGAUGACCUGGGCGCAGAUCUGAGUAACCUGCCCGACCUGGACCUAGGAGACAUGGGCGGCAUGAACAUGGACAUGGAUAUGGACAUGAACAUGGAUAUCAGCGGUGGCGGCGACGAGGACUGGGGACUAGACUUUGAAAACAUGUAG